UGCCUCCCAAUCCCAAAGGCACUGACUCCAUCAGUUUUCAUUUGGGUUGAGAGAGCCAGGACGCAGAUUUUAGCAUGAGCAUAUGCAGUUUAUCAAACUAACACCUGAGCUGAGAAAGACAAGAGCAGCAGGGGGUAAAAGUGAGCGUUAAAUUAUGGGCUGUGGAGGUCUUCACCUUCUGUCUGUUCUACUGCUGCUGUGCCAAGGGAUUCAGCUCGGUCAAGGAAAUUGUGACAGUAAUGAAUUCCAGUGCACCAAUGGACAAUGCAUUGACAUAGACUGGAGAUGUGACGGAACAAAAGACUGCACAGAUGACUCUGAUGAGCUGAACUGUCCGCCGCCAUCGUGCACCUCGCAGGAGUUUAAAUGUGUGACGAGCGGCGAAUGCAUCUCACUGGCAUUUGUCUGCGACGGGGACGAAGACUGCGUCGAUGGCUCCGAUGAACAAAGGACUUGUGAUGGACGGACCUGCGCCCCAGACCAGUUCACCUGCCAGGAGGGUCAGUGCAUCCCCGGGAAAUACAGAUGUGACCGUGUGAAGGACUGCGUUGAUAACUCAGACGAGAACAACUGCAACUAUCCACAGUGCACCGAGAAGACGUGCGCUAACGGAGCCUGUUACAACAACUCGCAGCGCUGCAAUGGGCUGCAAGACUGCAGAGACGGUUCUGAUGAAUUCAACUGCACAACUCAGCACUGUGCAAUCCACCAGUUCCAGUGCACGAAUGGCUACUGUAUUUCUAACUCCUUUGUGUGUGACCAUUGGGAUGACUGUGGGGAUAAUAGUGAUGAGCAAGACUGUGAGUACCAAAGCUGCAGUGGCAGUCAGUUUACAUGCACCAGUGGCCGCUGCAUUUCUCAGGACUGGGUGUGUGACAACUUCAACGACUGUGGAGACUACAGUGACGAGAAGGGAUGUGAUAGCAACUCUCGAGACUGUUACCCCGGCGAGUGGGGAUGCCCAGGCUCCCCGAUGUGUAUUCCAGUGGGCAAAGUGUGCGAUGGCAAAGCUGACUGUCCUGGAGGGACCGAUGAGACCAACACCACAGCACAGCAAACCUGUGGCCUUGAGCAGUGCUCCGCUUUGAGCUGCGAGUUCCUGUGCCACCCGUCUCCCCAGGGUGGCACAUGCUACUGCCCUGAUGGGUUUAUUGUGGCCAACGACAGCCGCUCCUGCGUAGACUAUAACGACUGUCAGAUCUGGGGGAUCUGUGACCAGCUGUGUGAGGAUCGCCCCGGGACGCACCACUGCAGCUGUGCUAACGGGUACUUCUUGGAGCAGGGUCAUGUCUGCAAAGCUAACGUGUCAGCUGGACUACCACAGCUCAUUUUCACCAACGGAGGAGACGUGAUGAUGGCAGAUAUACACGGCCGCUUUGUCAGGACUCUGGUGGCCUCACAGGGCAAAGGUGACGCUGUAGGAGUGGCCUACCACUGGCACAGCAGCACGGUCUUCUGGAGUGAUACCUAUACCAAAAAGGUUUAUUCUGCCAAUUAUGAUGGGACUGACGUGAAGGAGGUUCUCACUGCUGCGGUCCAUAAUGUUCAAAACCUCGCAGUGGACUGGAUCAACUUCAAACUGUACGUGCUCGAAGCUCGGGUGGAACGCAUCGACGCAUGCAACUUCGACGGAGCCAAUCGCGUGACACUGGUAGCUGAAAACCUGAAGACUCCUCAUGGCCUCGCACUGGACCCUACAGUCGGGUACAUGUUCUUCACAGACAUGGGCAUUUCCAAUCAGCAGUCAAAGCUUGAACGCGCCUUCAUGGAUGGCAGUAAUCGCGUGGAGCUGGUAAAAAGUAGGCUCGGCACGCCAACAGGAAUCAGCCUGGAUAUCAUCACCCAGAGGGUCUACUGGUCUGACAGCCACUUUGACACCGUAGAGACUGUCACAUACACUGGCUUAGACAGGAAAAUAGUCCUCAACGGCGCAACCCAGUCCCCGCACCCUUUUGGACUUGCUGUGUUUGAAAACCACGUGUUCUUCACUGACUGGGCUAAGAUGGGCGUGAUCAGGACCAAUCGUUUCAACGGCAGCGGGCCAGCACUCAUCUAUCGCACCACGAGUCAACCAGGACACGUUGCUGUCUCUCACGCCGUCCUGCAACCUGUUGUGAUGAACCCUUGUGGCAGGCACAAUGGAGGCUGUCAGCACAUUUGUUUGUUGAGUCACCGCUCCGACAAUGACGGCUUGGGCUUCCGCUGCAAAUGUCAACACGGUUACGACCUGCACUCUGACCAACGGACUUGUUUCAAGGUGAAGGACUUCUUGCUGGUAGCCAGCUCUCUAGCCAUCCGGGGAAUCCCGCUGAACUUUUCCCUCCAGGAGGACAUCACCUUGCCUCUCACAGGACUUGGAUCAACCUUUUCUGGCUCUGCAGUGGACUAUGACGGCAAGGAGGCAGCCAUUUUCUACAAUGACAGGUCAAAAGGCCUCAUCUAUAAGUCAAACCUCAAUGGCACUGUCCAACAGAUCUUGACAGGCUACAGAGUGGGAACAGUUGAUGCCAUGGCUUACGACUGGACCUCCAAUGUUUUGUUUUGGACCACAAGCACCUACAGGGCAGUAGUGGCCUUCAAGGUCACAGACAAGUCCAGACGAGACAUUGUCACAGGACUGAGGUACCCAAAGGGCAUUGCAGUGCAUCCCGGAGCUGGCUACUUGUUCUGGUCUGACUGGUAUCGUCCAGCAGUUAUAAUGAGAAGCUUCACCGAUGGCAGCAAUGCUGUUCCUCUGGUCAACACAACGUUGGGGUGGCCGUUUGGACUUGCUGUUGACUACUUAAUGGAUCGGAUCUACUGGGUUGACUCCCUGCUGGAUCAAAUUGGUCAUGUUGACACUCAAGGACAUGACAGGCAGACGUUCACCAAUAUUGGCCAAAUCACUCAGCCCUACUCUUUGACUAUUUAUUCAGACUAUCUGUAUGUGUCCGAUACGAGAACCAGAGGGAUAUACGAGAUGAGGAAGAGGGACGGUGGUGGAAACAUUAUGAUCAGACAAGGAAUCACUGGUAUUUUGAAUAUCAAGUCCUACACAGCAGAUCUCCAGAACCUGGUGACCAGCCGUUGCAGUAUGGUGCUCAACGGCUACUGCAGCCACUUCUGUUUCCCAACUCCGUCCUUCAGUCGAGUCUGUGGCUGUCCAUAUGGGAUGAAACUUCAAACCAAUCAGAGGGAUUGCAUCAAGGAUGAUUCUGUUCCACCACCAGACACCAACUGUGGCGAGUAUGCCUUUGAGUGUGACGAGGGACGUUGUAGGCCCAACUCCUACCGAUGCGAUGGGAUUGUUGAUUGCGUAGACAAGACCGACGAGGCCAACUGCACUGAUACAGGAGCGACCUGCUCUCCUCAAGCCUUUACCUGCGACAACAGGCACUGCAUCCAUUCCAGCUGGCACUGUGACGGCAUGGAUGACUGUGGAGACGGUUCGGAUGAAAUUAACUGUCCCACUAGAGUCCCUACCACAUGUGCGGCAGACUACUUUACGUGCGAGAACAACAGGUGUAUCGCUAAAACAUGGGUAUGCGACGGUGACAAUGACUGCGGGGAUGGCUCUGACGAACACAACUGCAAUUCAACCAUCACGACAUGCCCUCCCUCCUACUUCUUGUGCCCUGACCACCGCUGUAUUCACACCUCUUACGUGUGCGAUGGAGACCAGGACUGUUUGGAUGGCUCUGAUGAGAAAAAUUGCGAGUUUUCCUGCACCUCCUAUCAGUUUGCCUGUGCCAGUGGGGACCAGUGUGUCAGUAACGGUUAUCGCUGCGAUGGAGUGUUUGAUUGCAGAGACCAUUCCGAUGAAAGAGACUGUCCCACUCGCGGCCCAGGCCUCUGCCACGACGACGAGUUCCAGUGCCAGGCCGAUGGUUUCUGCAUUCCGGAUGACUGGGAGUGCGACGGACAUCCAGACUGUGAGGAUGGAUCGGACGAGCACAAUACCUGCCCACCUGUCACUUGCAGUUCCAGCCAAUUCCAGUGUACCAACAAGAUGUGCAUCCCAAUGAGCUGGUUGUGUGACGGUGACAAUGACUGUCGUGACAUGAGCGACGAACAAAAUUGCCCCACCCCGCCAUUUACUUGUCCUUCUGGACAGUGGCUGUGUCCCACCGACCAGGUGUGCAUUGACCUGGACAAGGUGUGCGAUGGUCAGAGGGACUGUCCAAAUGGAGCGGAUGAGUCACCUAUCUGCAACCAAGAUGACUGUGCACUGAACAAUGGGGGCUGCAGCGAUGACUGUGUGCAAGGUCCAUUUGGAGCUCAGUGCACAUGUCCACCAGGAUUUCAGCUCCUCAAUGACUCCAAGACCUGCGAUGACAUCAACGAGUGCAUGAUCCCUGGUUUCUGCAGCCAGGAGUGCUACAACGAGAGAGGAAGCUUCAGAUGCUACUGCUCAGACGGUUAUCUCCUGGAGCCCGAUGGGCGCACCUGCAAAGCUAAAGACCCACUAGCGGCAGUACUUUUGGUUGCCAAGCGUAGCCAGAUCAUCGCCAACCGAAUCAACAUGAAUCCACCAGAGAUUCGUCCAGUCGUCACCGGUUCAAGCAUUGUGACUGUCGACUUUGACCGUGUGACGUCCAGAAUCUACUGGGCUGAUGCCACCCAGAAGAAGAUAUGGAGUGCCUACCAGAACGGCACCGACAAACAGGAAGUGUUCUCCACUGGACUAAUGGUACCAGAGAGUAUUGCCGUGGACUGGGUGGGUCGCAACCUUUACUGGACCGAUUCUGUCAUGGAGAACAUCGAGGUGUCCACCCUAGACGGUCGCUUUCGGAAAGUCCUGUUGACCAAAAAUGUUACAAGCCCUCGUGGGCUGGUGUUAGACCCCCGCAACCAUACAAACCUGAUGUUCUGGUCAGACUGGGGUCAGAACCCCAGGAUCGAGAGAGCAAGCAUGGAUGGAGUCGCAAGACAAGUGAUUGUCAGCACUAAGGUCUUCUGGCCCAAUGGCCUGGCGUUGGACUAUACCACACACAGGGUCUACUUUGCUGACGCCUACCUCAAAUAUAUUGACUACUGUGACUAUGAUGGCAACAACCGCUAUCAGGUCAUGGCAAGUGACAUGGUUCUCCAGCACCCACACGGUAUGACCAUUUUUGAGGACAACAUCUACUGGUCGGAGCGCUACACCAGCAAGGUGAUGAGGACAAACAAGUUCCACGGUGGUAAUGUCACCAUUCUGAUGAAGAAUGUCUACCAGCCAAUGGGCAUGGUCAUGGACCAUCCUAUCAAACAACCCUCAGCCAUCAACCCGUGCAGUGAGCAUCUGUGCACUCAGCUGUGCCUGCUGUCAGUCUUGAGACCGAGGUAUCACACCUGCCACUGUCAGUCUGGUUGGAAACUAGAUAGUGACCAACGCACUUGUGUUAAAGAUGAGAACCCCUUCUUGAUGGUGGUGAGGGAUUCUGUGAUUUUUGGCAUUCCCCUGGACCCUACCGACCCUAGUAACAAUGCAAUGAUUCCGGUGUCUGGCAUCAGCCUGGGGCGGGACAUUGACUUUGAUGACCAGGAGCAGUUUGUCUACUGGGUGCAGAGUAUUGGCUCAAUUUGGCGAGUGAAAACAACCGGGACCAACAGAUCCGAAUUUGCUCCGACUGCUUUCAUGGGCUCUCCAUCUGGUCUGGCUUUCGACUGGAUAAGUCGAAUAAUGUAUUACACCAAUCCCAGCGCUAAAUCCAUCGAGGUUAUCCGUGUAGAUGGAAAUGAGAAAUAUAGGAAGACCCUCAUCACCUCAACUGGCAAACCAGAGGGAACAGGAGAACCCCUUGGAAUUGUCCUGGAUCCAGCCAGAGGGAAAUUGUUUUGGACAGACAAGGGGUCGGACAAUGGAGUUCCUCCAAAGGUUGGCAGCGCUAACAUGGAUGGAAGCAACCCAGCAAACCUCUACACAGGCAACAUGGCGAACAUCGGCUUUAUCGCCGCUGACAUCUCUGCCAGCAAACUGUACUGGGGUGUGGCCGGCUCAGGGGUGAUCGAGUGCGGCACCAUGGAUGGAGUAAGCCGAGUUACGGUGGUCAGUGGCCUGUCCCAUCCAUGGGGGCUGACGAUCCACCAGAACUACCUCUACUACACCGACCUGGACUAUGAGGUCAUUGAGAGGGUGGACAAGGACUCUGGGGCCAACAUGGUGGUGAUGAGGAGUGGCAUGUCCGGCCUGCGUGCUCUCAAAGUCCACGCCAGAGAUAACUCAGCAGGGACCACCAAUGCUUGCAGCACCAACAACGGGGGGUGCCCACACUUGUGUCUGCCCAAGCCAGACAAUCAAAAGACUUGUGCCUGCACCACAGGGUUUCACCCCUCUCACGACGGCUCCACCUGUGAAGAGUACCAAUCUUUUGCCGUUGUCUCUACCACCAAAUACAUCCGUGGCUUCCACAUCAAUAGCUCUGACCACUCUGAAGCUAUGGUGCCUGUUGGUGGACCGUCCUACUCUGUUAAAAACAAGCUGGACCUUCACAUUGAAUCUGGCUUUGUAUACUGGACUGACAAUAGCACCUCCAGCCUAUACCGGGGCAUCUCCAGGGCCAAAACAGACGGAGGGAGUUACAGCAGGAUCAUCUCUUCAGGAGUUGGAAGAAGAGGCAUCCAAGGCCUGGCUGUAGACUGGGUUGUAGGUAACUUGUACUUCUCCAACGCCUUCGAAAGUGAGACCUUUCUGGAGGUGCUGGUCAUCAACACCACAUUCAGAAUGAUUCUCUUGAAGACAUCUGAGGACCAGCCCCGGGACCUGGCAGUCAACCCCAAGCUUCGCUAUCUCUUCUGGAGUGAUGGCGGCCAGACACCGAAGAUUGAGCGAGCCCUGCUGGAUGGCACAAAUCGCACAGUGUUGGCAUCGGAGAGCCUGGCAUCACCUCGUGGCCUGACAGUCGACUACACCAAUGACUUCCUAUACUGGACAGAUGACGUUCUAGAUAUGAUCUCACGCAUGGCCGCAGACGGCACGCAGAGGGAGAUUAUCCGUUAUGGGAGUCGGUAUCCGUCUCCGACGGGAAUGGCCAUAUUUGGAAACUACAUGCUGUGGGUGGAUAAAAAACUUGGAAAGCUCUUCCAGGCCAAUAAGAAUCCAACAAAUACCGACCAGCCUGAGGUAAUCCGAGACAGUCUUGAUGGGUUGAUGGAUGUCUCCAUCUUUGAUUCUCAUGUUCAGCCUACAUCAGCCAACCUGGUAGGCUUCAACCCAUGCCAUGAAGACAAUGGACGCUGCCAGCAGCUCUGCUUUGCCAUCCCAGGCCAGGAGCACCCUAAAUGUGGCUGUGCACAUGGGACACUCCUUAGUAAUGGAGUAUCAUGUGGUUAUGGACUGGAUGAGUUUCUGAUUUUCACCACAGACUACACACUGAAUAGCCUGAGGUUGGACCCCACGGAUCACAGCACUCCCUAUCCAACAGUAAACCUGGGCUACAAUUUAAUGGCCCUGGAUUAUGACUUUGCGAGGAAGAGAAUAUUCUUCACCCAGUAUAAGGGCAUAGGUCGGAGCGUAAUUGGCUACCUAUCCACCACGUCCAUCACCAGCCCUCCUGUCAUUCUUGCCUCAGAUUUGGAUGAUCCAGAGGGAGUGGCAUAUGAUUGGGUCCACAAGCGUCUCUACUUCACUGACUACUAUAAACGUAAUGUCCAGUCAAUCGGGAUCGAAGGUCAGAACCGCUCAGUCGUUGCACGUGGAAACCGUCCCAGAGGCAUCAUCGUGGACCCUUGCUAUGGUUACCUCUACUGGACUGACUGGGGCUUCCCAGCUAAGAUUGAGAGAGCCACGCUGGGUGGAAACUUCCGGACAGUCAUCAUCAACAGCAGCCUGACGACUCCCAACGGCCUGUCUCUGGACUACGAGGAGAGGAUGCUCUACUGGGCUGAUGCCUCCCUGGACAAGAUUGAACGGGCCACUCUGACUGGCGAGAACCGACAAGUGAUUUUGCAGGGGGUGCAGUACCCAUUUGCCAUGACCGUCUUCGAGCAGGACAUCUUCUGGACUGACUGGACUGAGAGAGCUGUCUUUAGGGCUGGGAAGGAUGAUGGCUCUGGUGUUACAGUGCUUGCCCAAGAUCUGCAAUACCGACCAAAUGACAUCCACAUUUAUGCUGGAUCAAAGCAGGACAGUUGCUCCAGUGCUUGUCAGCAGUUCAAUGGAGGCUGCAGCCAUAUCUGUGUUUCAGGUCCAGCAGGUCCAGAGUGUCAGUGUCCUCAUGACGGAUCAUGGUACCUGGCCAACAAUGGGAAAGACUGCAUCAGAGACACAGGGAAACGUUGUGAGCCAGACCAGUUCACUUGUCUAAGUGGUGACUGCAUCAUACUUCGCUGGAAGUGUGACGGCCACAGUGACUGCCAAGAUCAGUCAGAUGAGCUUGAGAGAGUGUGUGCCUUCCACACCUGCCUACCCACGGACUUCACCUGUGACAACGGUCGCUGCGUCCCACUGAGCUACGCCUGUGACUAUGUGGAUGACUGUGGGGACAACAGUGAUGAGCGGGACUGCCCCUUCCCCACGUGUAACCCGGCAACCGAGUUCACCUGCAAUAACGGCCGUUGCAUCAGUGCAGACUUUGUCUGUGAUGGUCGCAAUGAUUGCAGAGACAACGCUACAUCUGAUGAAAUCAACUGCCCUGACCGCACGUGUCCUACCGGCCAGGUCAAGUGUGACAACACCAACAUCUGCAUCUACCCCGAAAAUCUAUGUGACGGCUACAACAACUGCGGAGACAACAGCGAUGAAAAUCCUCUCUUCUGCGCGGGUCGCACAUGCUCUCCAAAUCAGUUCCGCUGUGAUGAAGGGAAGUGUAUCCCUGAGUCUUGGGUAUGUGACGACUUCAGGGACUGCAAUGAUGGGACAGAUGAACCUCCGUCUUGCGAAGAUAUAAUCCGAACAUGCGACACAAACCAGUUCACCUGCACCAAUGGGAACUGCAUCCCUGAGUCACUGAUCUGUGAUGGCAACAAUGACUGCUGGGACAACAGUGAUGAAGCUCCAGAGCUGCAGUGUGGCCAGCGUACCUGCAGUUCCGACCAGUUCACCUGUCCAACCUGGUAUCCCGGCCACCCACGGUGUGUGCCCCUGACCUUCGUUUGCGAUGGCGAAAAAGACUGCGCCAACGCGGCCGACGAGCUCCACAACUGUCCCAACCGGACGUGUCACAUGAGCGAGUUUGCCUGCGCCAACGGACGCUGCAUCCUCGUCCCCUUCCACUGUGACCGCGUGAACGACUGCGGCGACGGCAGCGACGAGCUGGGCUGCACCUACGACACAUGCAAAAGCGACCAGUUCACCUGCGCUAACGGGGCCUGCAUCUCCGCCUCCUUCACCUGCGACGGGGACAGCGACUGCAUGGACGGCUCAGAUGAGGCCGACAGCUUGUGCGUCACGACUCAGCCCACCUGCUCCCCUCAGCACUUCAUGUGCAAGUCAGGGGAGUGCAUCGACGAGAACAAAGUGUGCAACGGACAGAAGGACUGCCAGGACAACACCGACGAAAAAGGCUGUGGUAUCAACGAGUGCCGCAACCCAUCGGUCCACCAGUGCGCCCAAAUCUGCACUGACACCCUCACCAGUUAUUACUGCUCCUGCAACCCAGGCUACAAGCUCAUGCCAGAUGGCAAAGCCUGCGAGGACCUCAACGAGUGUCUCAGCACGCCCGACGUCUGCAGCCAGAUCUGUGAGAACACCGUUGGCUCGUACCACUGCAAGUGUGCCGCGGGGUACAUCCGUGAACCGGACGGACGCACCUGCCGUCAGAACAGCGGCAUCGCCCCCUCCCUGUUGUACAGCAAUCGCUACUACAUCCGCAAUUUAACCGCUGACGGGUCGCAAUUGAGUGUAGUGCUGCAGGGGCUGUACAACGUGGUGGCGCUGGAUUUCGAUUACUAUGAGAAGAAGCUGUACUGGCUGGAUGCUGGGGUAGGGAAGAUAGAGAGGAUGGGCUUGGAUGGGACCGGGAGAGAGACGCUGGUGGACAACAACAUAGCAGGAGCUGAAGGCCUGGCAGUGGACUGGGUGGGCAGGAAGCUGUACUGGGUGGACGCCUAUUACGGCUCAGUGCAUGUGAUGGAGCUGGACGGGCGCUACCAGAAGAAGCUGCUGACGGGGGCGUUCACAGAUGGAAAUGACACUUACACCAUCACCCGACCUCGUGCUGUGGUUGUCAACCCUAAAUACGGGUGGCUCUACUGGACCGACUGGGCUGAUGAUGCAUAUAUUGGCCGAGCAGGCAUGGACGGAACAAAUGUCAGUGCCAUUAUCACAACCAAGCUGGAGUGGCCCAAUGCUCUCACCAUAGACUACACCACCAAUAAGAUCUUCUUCGCUGAUUCCCACCUUAACUUCUUGGACUUCGCAGACAUGGACGGUCAGAACCGGCACCGGGCCAUCGCUGGUAAACUUCCCCAUGUGUUUGCUGUGUCCUUGUUCGAGGACUGGGUCUACUGGACAGAUUGGAACACGCACACUGUGGAGAAAGCUCAUAAAUACACCGGAGAGCAACGCACCAUCAUGGGCAAUAACACACACCGGCCCUACGACAUCCACGUCUAUCACCCCUACAGGCAGCCUCGAAGUGAAAACCCUUGCUCCUCCCACAUCUUGACCUGCAGUCAUUUGUGUCUGAUUGCGCCUGGUGGGACGCAAGCCACCUGCCAGUGUCCGGAUCAUUUCAUUGGCCUGGCUGUAGGCUUCAAGAUCCAGUGUGUCGCCGACUGCUCCAGCACACAGUUCCGCUGUGGGGACAAUGAGAAGUGCGUUCCUAUUUGGUGGAAGUGUGACGGCCAGUCAGACUGCAGCGACGGCUCAGAUGAGCCUCAGACCUGCCCCCCUCGCGUUUGCGCCACCGGCCAGUUCCAGUGUCAGGACAGCAACUGCACCUACCCAGGCUUCAUCUGUGACGGCCACUCAGACUGCCCCGACGGCUCGGACGAGGACGCUGCCCUCUGCAGCGAUCACCGAUGCCAGGAGAACCAGUUCCAGUGCAAAAACAAGAGGUGCAUCCCCGUGUCCUGGCACUGCGAUGGAGUCAACGACUGCUCGGACGGCAGCGACGAGGAUGCGGAGACCUGUUCCCAGAAGACCUGCCGGCCGGGGCAGUUCCAGUGCGCCAACGGCCGCUGUCUACCAUCCAGCUACGUGUGUGACGCCCAGGACGACUGUGGAGACGGAUCUGAUGAGCCGUUUGAGACCUGCAUGGGCCCAGAUUACAAGUGUGACGAGGACACCGAGUUCUCCUGCAAGACAAACUACCGCUGUGUCCCUCAGUGGGCUCGCUGCGACGGCGCCAACGACUGCCUGGACAACAGCGACGAGGAAGGCUGUGAGGAGGUGACCUGUGACCCUCUGGGAGAUUUCCGCUGUGACAACCACCGCUGCAUUCCCAUCCGCUGGCAGUGUGACGGCUCCAACGACUGUGGCGACGGCUCAGACGAGAGGAACUGCCAGCCAAGGCCUUGCUCUGAAAGCGAGUUUCGAUGUGACAAUGCUCAGUGCAUCCCCGGAAGGUGGGUGUGUGACCACGACAACGACUGCGGGGACAACUCAGACGAGCGAGACUGCGAGCUGAUGACGUGUCACCCGGGUUCGUUCCAGUGUGACUCGGGUCACUGUAUCCCCGCCAUCCUGGAGUGUGACGGCCGGCCCGACUGUCACGACCUGUCGGAUGAGACCAGCUGUCCAACUCGUUACCCAGGAGGCCGCUGGUGUCCUCCAGAACAGUUCGAGUGUGACAACCAUCUCUGCGUGAACCAGGGUUGGGUGUGUGACGGCACAGACGACUGCGGGGAUCGAUCUGACGAACAGCUCAGCUUAUGCCUAAACAUCACCUGUGAGAUGCCGUCCAGGUUCCGCUGUGCCAAUGGAUACUGCGUCUACUCCGGCCUGCUGUGCAAUAAGAAGGACGACUGUGGAGACGGCAGCGAUGAGGCGGAAGAGCUGUGCCAGGAGCCCACCCUGCCCCCCUGCACCCUGGAAGAGUUUAAAUGCAUCAACGGACACUGUGUGGCUCUGCCUUACGUGUGUGACCACAAUGACAACUGUGGAGACCGCACAGAUGAAAUGGGCUGCAAUUUUGGUAACGAUCGCAACUGUGAGGAGAAGCUGUGCCAGCACGAGUGCACCAACCUGAACGGUACCGGCUUCAUCUGUUCCUGCAGGCCCGGAUACACAGUGGACCCAGACAGCACCUACUCCUGCCUGGAUGUCAACGAGUGCGAGGAGUACGGUACCUGUCCUCAGAUCUGUAAGAACACCAAAGGCAGCUAUGACUGUGAUUGCGCCCCCGGCUACAGGAAGGUGGGCGACGGGACCAUGUGCGAGGCCGAGGGACCAUCUCCAAUUCUACUACUACCGGAGAACAUCCGCAUCAGGAGGUUCAACCUGCAGACAGAGACCUACCACGACUUCAUCCAAGAAGAGGAGCACAUCAUGGCUCUGGACUACGACUGGGACCACAACAACACUGGCUACAGCAUGGUGUACUUCACUGUCGCUGGUAAAGACUCUGAACACGGCGCCAUUAAGAGAGCGUUCAUACCUUCAGUGGAUGACGGCAGUAAUAAUAUCGGUGCCGCCGUCGACCUCGGCAUCAAGUACAUCACCAGUCCAGACGGUAUCGCUGUGGACUGGGUGGGCAGAAACCUUUACUGGGCAGACUCCGGCCUGAAGAGGUUAGAGGUGGCCCUGUUGGACGGACGCUACAGGAAGCAUCUGGUCAAGACCGAGCUGGGUCACCCGUCUGCUGUGGCCGUCAACCCAAGACUCGGGAUGCUCUACUGGGCCGACCGCGGGGACGUAGCAAAGAUCGAGUGUUCCUGGCUGGACGGUCAGGAGAGGAAGGUCCUCGUGGCCGACGGCCUGGGUUGGCCCACCGGCCUGUCAAUCGACUUCACCAACGAAGACAGGAUCUACUGGUCGGACUCCAAGGAAAGCCACAUAGAGUCUAUCCUUCCCUCGGGAGAGCAGCGUAGGACGUCGGUCUACAUAGACGUGAGAAACCCCUUCAGUGUGAGCGUGUUCGAGGACCAUGUCUACUGGAGCACUCAGGAUAAGGGCGAGCUGUUUCGACAGGACAAGUUCGGACGUGGAGAGAAGACCAAGCUUCUGACCGGCGGGCCCUGGCUCACCCAGGUCUCUGUGUUCCAGCAACAGAGAUACAACUCCAUAGCUAUGAAGAAUCCUUGCAAGGGAACCUGCAGCCACCUGUGUUUGAUCCGGCCGGGCGGAUACAGCUGCGCCUGCCCCGAGGGAACCAGCUUCGUCUCGGGCAGCAACACUGAGUGUGAUGCAGGAUUUGAUCCGCCACCAACCAUGCCGCCACCGUGUCAGUGUCAAAACGGAGGCACCUGCUACUUUGACGACAACCAGGCUCUGUGCAAGUGUCCUCCAGACUGGACGGGAGAGAACUGCCAGACCAACGUGUACAACGUGGUCGCGUCCUCAAUCGGAAUAGCCAUCGGGGUGACGAUAGCGGUCAUCGUCCUGCUGCUGGUUCUGGUCUAUGUCGUCAGGAAGAAGUCCAACGGGCUGGGGACACUAUGUAGCAAAUUACCCAGCAUGCCAAGCUUCAGGAGUGGUUCGACCCAAAAUGGACCCACCACAGAAAUUGGUGAAACGAGGCAGUUCUCAGAAGCGGUUCCCUGUGCGUCAGUGUCCAUGGAGGUGACGGAGGAGAAGAGCUUUGAGAACCCGACAUACACCUCUGGAGAUCAGCUGGGCUCCACCAGCCCACCGACCACCCCCCUCCCCCUCCCUGGAGUAAACAAGGAGAACAUCACUAAUCCCUUGUAUGCGCAAGAGAUUCACGUUAUGAACGAACCCACGAGGACUGAACCCAAACCUGCCACCAGUAAAAAGGAGGCCUUUGAGAACCCGGCGUACGACUCAGAUGGCGAAAAGGAACACGACUUCGACAUCAACAAUUAGACUGAGACCUCAUUCAAAAUUUAUUCUUUAAUGAGAAAUAUCUGCUGGAACAAAUCAACCAAGACAAUGUCUAAAAAGAAGGAAAUGUUUGGUUGGUCUUUCUCUGUUUGUGUUUAAAAAGAAAAAGCUGUGAUUUAAUAUAAUAAGUGUUCGAAAACAGAAUGAAGCGAAUCAAGACUUGUUAACUUAUGUGUGUGUGAUAAUAAAGAUUUGUAAAUUUUGA